AUGGCAGAAUCCAAUGGUUUCGCUGCAGGCCAUCGGCCACGGCGAAGCAGCUCGAUCGCAAACCAUAGCCAAAUAGGAGCAAGUUACCAUACGCUCUACAGAAGAAACUCCAAUAUGUCGACUGCAAGCUUCAUGGACGAUGUUGAGAUGGCACAAGAUGAAAUGUUCUCGGGUGCAAUCUCUGAAUCAGUUCCUUCUAGUAUUGCAUCCUUUGCGCAUCGACGGCCGCGAGCAGGUUCUACAGCAAGCUUCACUUAUUAUCAAGAAAACGAGGAUGAUGAGGAGCUACUACGAAGUGCCGAGGACGAAGAUGAUAGCGCUAUACUAGAUGAGGAAGAUGAUGUUCAAUUUCAAGAGGACGAUUCGGAUUUGGAAGCUGCCGGACUGGCUCUGAGAAGAAUAUCAACUGUGGAAUCCAGAAAUUCCGUGCAUGAUCGAUUACUACGCAGUGAUAGUGCAAGAACGGAUGGAAGUAAUAUUGGACACGGUCAUCGAACGAAUCAAAAAAUAUACAUUAUCACAGAGGACCUUUCUAUAGUAGUGGCUGGCUUUCGAACAAGUACUUUUGGGUUCGCGCUGUACUUGGCCAUCUGUAUACUUUCCUUUGGUCUUGGCUAUCUUUUGUUACGAUGGCUGCCGCGUUGGCAGAACCAAUGGGGAGAAUUUGUUGUUCAAGAUGUCGAAUCAAAAGAAUAUGGACGGUCUCUGUCUACAGUCUUUGGCCUUUCCGAAAAAAAGUAUUCCAUUUCUUACGAUUAUGACGACGAUCCAGUUCUGGACAAUUUACGCAUCCUUGACUAUCGCUACAUGCGGUUCUCGUUCAAUCCAUUGAAGGAUCGGUUCGUCCUGUGUAACAGCUGGAAGGACCCGGCAUGGACUGAUGUGAAAUCUAUCCGUUCUGGAAUUAGUGGAGAGGAGAAGGAGAACAGAGAACUUGUUUUCGGAAAUAAUAUGAUCGACAUCAAGCAAAAGACUGUUCCCCAACUUCUUGUAGAUGAGGCUUUUCAUCCAUUCUAUGUCUUUCAAGUGGCUAGUCUUAUUCUAUGGUCAAUGGAUCAGUACUACUACUAUGCUGCGUGUAUAUUCGUCAUAUCGGCUGUGAGCAUUACUACUACACUUCUUGAGACCAAAUCAACAAUGAAACGAUUGAGAGAAAUUUCAAAAUUUGAAUGUGACGUCCGUGUCCUACGCAAUUCAUUCUGGCGCUAUGUUCCAUCGAGCGAACUUGUUCCGGGAGAUAUCUACGAGGUUACUGAUCCGGCCUUGGGACAGUUUCCUUGUGAUAGUCUAUUGCUGGCUGGCGACUGUAUUGUCAAUGAAAGCAUGCUUACUGGCGAAUCCGUCCCUGUGUCUAAAGUUCCAGCAACUGACGAAUCUCUGCGGCUCCUCAACCUAUCCGCUUCAUCUGUGGCACCUGAUCUUGCAAAACACUUCCUGUUUUGUGGAACUAAAAUUAUUAGGGCACGCCGUCCUCAUGAUGACAAUGAUGGCGAGGCCGUUGGGCUCGCUAUGGCUGUCAGAACAGGAUUCAAUACCACGAAAGGUGCAUUGGUCAGAUCCAUGCUCUUCCCAAAGCCUUCAGGAUUCAAGUUUUACAGGGAUUCCUUCCGGUACAUAUCCGUUAUGGGCGGCAUUGCGAUGCUAGGAUUUGUUGCGUCAUUCAUUAAUUUUAUUCAUUUGAACAUGGCAUGGCACUUUAUUGUUAUCAGGGCGUUGGAUUUGAUAACAAUCGUCGUUCCUCCAGCUUUACCUGCCACGCUUACGAUUGGAACCAAUUUCGCCCUGGGACGUCUUAGGAAGAAACAAAUAUUUUGUAUCAGUCCCCAGAGAGUAAACGUCGGUGGAAAACUCGACAUCGUAUGUUUCGACAAAACCGGAACACUGACUGAGGAUGGUCUGGAUGUUCUUGGUAUUAGAGCUGUACACCAACCAGCAUAUAGAUUCAGUGAUAUUCUCACCGAUGCAUCAUCAUUGUUACCCGGGGCGACCUACGAACGUGAUCCGACAGUCGACUAUAACAUCCAUAAAGCCAUUCUUUACACGAUGGCGACAUGCCAUUCCCUUCGAGUUGUCGAUGAUGAACUGAUGGGUGAUCCCCUGGAUCUGAAAAUGUUUGACUUUACUGGUUGGUCUUUUGAGGAAGGCCAGCAUAAGUCUGGCAAUGCCGAGGACGAAGAAUCAGGAGGAUUGUCGCCUUCAAUUGCACGACCUCCGGCGGGUAUGGAAUACGAUGUUGAUGAUCAAGACAACGUUAACAAUUCCCCUAUCGAACUCGGAGUGCUUAAGUCUUUUGAGUUUGUCUCCCAACUCCGCCGAGCCAGUGUGAUCGUUCGGAACUUUGGGUCUCAAGGGUGCGACGUUUAUGUAAAGGGUGCACCUGAAUGCAUGAAAGACAUUUGCAAAGCCGAGAGCUUUCCCAGUGAUUACGAAGAUCUUCUCGCCUAUUAUACUCACAGAGGCUUUCGUGUCAUUGCUUGUGCCACGAAACAUAUCAAGAAGCUUAACUGGGUAAAGAUGCAGAAGAUGAGCCGCGAAGACACCGAAUCGGAAUUGAGUUUCAUUGGAUUUAUUAUCUUUGAGAAUAAGCUUAAACCAAGUACAGCCGGUGUGUUGGACGAGCUGACUGAAGCUGGAAUAAGAAAAGUCAUGUGUACAGGCGACAAUAUUUUGACGGCCAUUAGCGUCGCUCGAGAAUGUAACCUCAUUGACAAGACCGCUCAUUGUUUCGUACCUCACUUUAUAGAAGGGAACUCGCUAGACCCCAAAGCUCGAUUGUCAUGGGAAAGUAUAGACAAUGGCAUCUAUACACUCGACGACCGAACUUUGACUCCACUUCCUCUGCCUGUGGAAGGCGACGCAUCGUUGCCCUAUGAAAUAUCCAAUCUAAGGAAUUACUCUUUAGCUGUGAGUGGUGAUGUUUUCCGUUGGGUUGUGGAUUUCGCGCCGCCAAGCGUUCUUCAAAGAAUGCUAGUCUGCGGUCAAGUAUUUGCCCGCAUGUCGCCCGACGAGAAGCAUGAGCUGGUAGAGAAACUCCAGAGUAUUGACUACUGCUGUGGGUUUUGUGGCGAUGGUGCGAAUGAUUGCGGUGCUUUGAAAGCCGCAGAUGUUGGCAUCUCCUUGUCUGAGGCAGAGGCUUCAGUUGCUGCACCAUUCACCAGCCGAGUGUUCGACAUUACCUGCGUUCCUGAAGUUAUACGUGAGGGCCGAGCAGCUCUAGUGACCAGCUUCAGCUGUUUCAAGUACAUGAGUCUCUACUCGGCCAUCCAAUUCACGUCUGUGAGCUUCCUCUACGCGUCUGCAUCAAAUCUUGGGGACUUUCAAUUUCUCUUCAUUGAUUUGAUACUAAUUCUGCCUAUUGCCAUCUUCAUGGGAUGGACUGGACCUUUCCCUACUCUUUGCCAGAAACGACCCACAGCCAGUCUCGUGUCAAGAAAAGUCUUGACACCACUCUUGGGACAAAUCGCCAUCUGCAUCCUAUUUCAAGCUGUUGCAUUUCAGGCAGUACGACGACAGCCAUGGUUCAUUCCUCCCCAUCUCAACGAGGAAGAACCUAACAUCGAAAAUUCGGAGAACACUACGUUGUUUUUGGUAUCUUGCUUCGAGUACAUCCUUUCUGGGAUUGUCCUAAGCGUGGGGAAGCCAUUCCGCCAAUCCAUGGCACACAACCUACCCUUUGUCGUCACAAUUGUCGUAGCAUUGUUGUUUUCAUUAUACAUGCUCUUUGAUCCUUCCCAAUGGUUGGCGAAUUUCAUGCAAUUGACCGAAUUAAGUUGGGACUUCGAGAUAUUCAUCCUGAUUCUAGGGAUAGGUUACAUUUCAUUAGCAUGGUCAUCUGAAAACUACCUCCUCCCGAAACUUGGCAAGUAUUUGGGUAUUUUAAAGACGUCGAUCACACGGAAACCGAAGCAGAGAAAACUUUACAAAUUGGUGUUGGAGGAGAUGCGCUUAAGUGCAAUGCAGUGA